AUGUGUGACGACGAUGUAGCAGCACUUGUUAUUGAUAAUGGUAGUGGUAUGUGUAAAGCUGGAUUUGCUGGUGAUGAUGCUCCACGUGCUGUAUUUCCAUCAAUUGUUGGUCGACCACGUCAUCAAGGUGUUAUGGUUGGUAUGGGACAAAAAGAUUCAUAUGUUGGUGAUGAAGCACAAUCAAAACGUGGUAUUCUUACAUUAAAAUAUCCAAUUGAACAUGGUAUUGUUACUAAUUGGGAUGAUAUGGAAAAAAUUUGGCAUCAUACAUUUUAUAAUGAACUUCGUGUUGCACCAGAAGAACAUCCUGUACUUCUUACUGAAGCACCACUUAAUCCAAAAGCAAAUCGUGAAAAAAUGACACAAAUUAUGUUUGAAACAUUUAAUACACCAGCAAUGUAUGUUGCUAUUCAAGCUGUACUUUCUUUAUAUGCAUCUGGUCGUACAACUGGUAUUGUACUUGAUUCAGGUGAUGGUGUUACACAUACAGUACCAAUCUAUGAAGGAUAUGCAUUACCACAUGCUAUACUUCGUCUUGAUUUAGCUGGUCGUGAUUUAACAGAUUAUUUAAUGAAAAUUUUAACUGAACGUGGUUAUUCAUUUGUAACAACAGCUGAACGUGAAAUAGUUCGAGAUAUAAAAGAAAAAUUAUGUUAUGUUGCACUUGAUUUUGAACAAGAAAUGGCUACAGCUGCAUCAUCAUCAUCAUUAGAAAAAAGUUACGAAUUACCCGAUGGACAAGUCAUUACCAUUGGUAAUGAACGAUUUCGAUGCCCAGAGGCUCUUUUUCAACCAAGCUUUCUUGGCAUGGAAACAGCUGGCAUCCAUGAAACGACAUACAAUUCAAUUAUGAAAUGCGAUAUUGAUAUUCGUAAAGAUUUAUAUGCUAAUACUGUUCUUUCUGGAGGUAGCACAAUGUAUCCAGGUAUUGCUGAUCGUAUGCAAAAAGAAAUAACAUCAUUGGCACCAUCAACAAUGAAAAUAAAAAUCAUAGCACCACCUGAACGAAAAUAUUCCGUAUGGAUUGGUGGUUCAAUUUUAGCAUCAUUAUCAACAUUUCAACAAAUUUCAACAUAUAAAAUUGUUCAUUUUUCAAAUUCUCGUAAAUAUAACAAAGAAAAUACUAAUCAGAAUAAUCUAUCAGCAUUUACACCUAAUCAGUCAUGUCAAGACUCAUCAUCAUUAACUCGAAUCGAACCAACAAUAGUCUAUGAUGAAACUUGGUUAUCAAAUAAACAAUAUAAUAGACGCGUGGCUGCAUUUAUUGAUCAUAUAGAUGAAAAAUUUACUAAUGAAAAUAUAGAAAUAUCCAAUAAACAUACAUCAUCGCGUACAUCAUCUGUUUAUAAAGUAUCUACAGAACAAAUUAUUCAUAAAGGAAUCUAUCCAACAAAACUUGAAACAAAUUUACACUUACGUAUUGCUGUUAAUGGUGUAUCGAAGUCUUUGCGAGGACAAUUUCCAUUAUCAAAUUCCAAUUUAAAUAAUGGAGACUUUGGUGAUGAUGCUGGAAUGAUAGUUGAAAAUCGAAACUUUUGUUUUGUUGGUCUAGCUGAUGGUGCUGGUGGUAAUCGUUCAUAUGGAAUAAAUCCAGCUGAUUUUUCUCGAGCUAUUUUAGCUGCGUGUGAAAAAGUUCUUCAUCGAAGUAAUUUAAAACCUAAUCAAUUACCACGAUUAAUUAAAUCAGCUAUGCAACAAGUUGAAGCAAGUGAAGUUCAAGGCAGUAGUACAUUAUGUUUACUUGCAUUGGAUAAACAAAAACAUACAUUAACAUCAUUAAAUAUUGGUGAUAGUGGAUUUGUUAUUUAUCGUAAUAAUGAAAUAUAUUGUCGAUCAACAUGUACAAUGAAUUCAAAUGGUUGUGCACCAAGACAAUUAUUUGCUCUUAAUGAUUCAAUUGGUUUAUCUUGUUUUAUGAAUGAAACUAAAUUUCUACAAGACUGCUCAUUACAUAAUGUUAAAGUCCAAAAAGGUGAUAUUAUUAUAUUAUCUUCUGAUGGUUUAUGGGAUGUAAUUGAAUGUGAUCAAUUACAAAAAGUUGUUGAACGUAACAAAAAUAAAAGACUUCAAGAUUUAGCUGAUGAUCUUCUUAAACAAGCAGUUGAUGGAUAUAUUACUGAUGGUCGAGAUGAUAUAUUAAUAAUAGUCUGUCGAGUUGGUGAAUCAUGA